AUGCUUGACUGGGUCGGUUUGUUAUUGAGGACUGUCCUGCUUUAUAGCAAAGCUAUUGGAGUUACUAAUUUCGAGUUCGACUGGAGUUCAGGACGCGUGUUCACGACUUCUUUAUCUACGCUAUAUGCCACUGUCGUUAACUUUAUUGUUGUGACUCUUCUGGGCUACCAAUUUACUGGGAGUUCUAGACUCUUCGGGAACGUCAGCAAGCUACACGAGUAUGUCAUCAUUGUUUUGACCGUACUGAGGAUUAUUGCAGGACUCAUCACACUGCUCAACCGAUGGCGACAGCGGUGUCAACUGAUGAAGCUGACCAGUAGGUUUAUCCGCCUCUUUCUGUCCAGGCCGGAGGCUCUCAGGAUAUCUCGAUGGGCCAUUCUCGGCAAGUUCCUUGUGGCUUCUCUGACCGACUUUCUUCAAAUUGCAAUCUCCUUGGAAGCUAUUGGCCGUGUUGACUCCACGCUGUUCUUGGGGAUGGGCCUGCAGUUCUAUUUGUCCGCUAUACUCAACCUGGCAAUAGCGCAGCAUUUUCUUGUGAUGCUCUUCGUUCGGACGGAUUAUCAGCUGCUCAUCAGGGAGCUGCGACAGGUGAUCGGGGAAUCCAAGGGUUUGAGCUACCACCAACAGCGAAAGGGAGCCUUUAUGACCAGGUGUUGCGACCUGGCGGACCAGGUGGAGGAUAUCGCCAGACGCCAGAACGAGCUCAAUUCGAUUGUGGAUCAGUUGCAUGAGAUCUUUGGGAUUCAGGGGCUAAUGGUGUAUGUUGGCUAUUACAUAUCUGUAGUGUCCACAACCUACCUGACCUACAGUGUUUUCAAAUAUGGCUACACUGACAUGGGGUUGACCCAUAGAUCUGUCUUCUUAGCCCUGACUUGGUGCUUCUUUUAUUACCUGGACGCCAUCCUCAAUUUUUUCACGACUCUAAGUGUCCUGGAUGGCCACAAGGAAUUGGUUCGUCUGAUGGAGGACCGAACUUUGUUUGCGAUUGGCUUGGAUAUUCGACUAGAACAGUCUUUUGAGAGCCUUCAGCUACAACUGGCAAGGAACCCAUUAAGAAUGCAAAUAAUGAAAAUGUGCACCAUAAGUCAUAGCGGAACUUUGGCCAUGUUUGGAUCCCUUGUUACACAUUCCAUAAUUUUAAUUCAAUAUGAUAUGGAGAACUUUUAA